AAAAGAGAAAUGCACAAAUCCACAUUUUUCGAUGACCAUGAUGUGGUCUCCAACGACCCAAAUUCCACGUUCGUUAAUUCUUACACUGCUUCCUAUGGCAAUGCAUUUAACUCCACCUAUCAAUCCACCUACGAUCCGCCAUCAUCCUACAAGCCAAAUUACGACAUCCCUUUUCCUAGCGGUUAUCCUACCGGUCAUCAUCAUACCGUUGGUCAUCUUUACACCACCGAAAACUAUCCUUCCGCCUUCUUACCGGUCAGCGGUAAUUCCUCGUCGGAUUCUAGUCCAGUUGGAAGUCCUACUUUGUUGCCAAGACGCGUUCCAUCUUCGGGCGGUCUAAAUGAUCAUUUUAUGUUGGAUCAACAGACCAAAGAUUGUUCUUACACCGUGCACACCAUGAACUCGGGCAAAGUUAGACGUAAAUCGUCCAGGGCUUCAAUUCGCAGCAAUCGUAAUUCCAUGCUGUUGGACCCUAUCGUUGAGGAGGAAUUGCCCAUGAAUGCAAUCAAAAAUUUUGGAUCACCUCCCUCACGCGUUUAA